AGAAAAGAAUGUUUCUAGUCAAAAAGAGCAAAGGUAAAAAAGAUUAAAAAAAGGUAGGAAAAGGAUGUUAAAGAUAGCAAGCAGAAGUCAUGGCCCAUGAAAGGCCCACUGGGCCACCUUUCUCCCUGGUCCACCUCAUCAUCUACGCAGCAUCGCAACAGGCGCCCGCAAACGCCCCGAAAACAAACGACGCCGAAGUUUCCGCCGUCCUCCUCCGCCGAGACCCAGCCACGGCCCGUGGAGGCCGCCGGUGACACGGCGCCGACAUCAACAGAGCAGAGGAGGAGCGGGGCGGUGUCCUACUGUCCUUUGUUGCCGGUGGCUGUGGUGUUGGUGAGGCGCGGCGAGAUGUCGGUGCGGAUAAAGGCGGUGGUCGACAAGUUCGUGAGGGAGCUCAAGGAGGCGCUGGACGCGGACAUCCAGGACCGCAUCAUGAAGGAGCGGGAGAUGCAGAGCUACAUCGCGGAGCGCGAGCGCGAGGUCGCCGAGAGGGAGGCCGCGUGGAAGGCUGAGCUCUCCCGUCGUGAGGCUGAAAUCGCGCGGCAAGAAGCAAGGCUGAAGAUCGAAAGGGAGAACCUGGAGAAAGAGAAGAGCGUCCUCAUGGGGACGGCCUCAAACCAGGACAGCCAAGACGGAGCCCUGGAGAUCACAGUCGGCGGCGAGAAGUACAGGUGCCUUCGGUUCACCAAGGCGAAGAAAUGAGAGCUUCGCUGAGCUGAGCUACCACGACACUACUGAACCAGUCACUGAUAGUACCAAGUCGGAGCCAAUUUGAAGCCGUAGCAUCUUACUCUAUUUACAAUCUGGAACUCUACGAGAAAUUCUGAAACCUGCCUGGACGAGUAAUGGGGAGGAAUCUCUCUCGUCCGGGGUGCCUGGUUGGCUGCACCCCUCCUGUUCCUAACUGGUAGUAGCUACUAGGGUCACUGAACCAACGCAAACCUGAACAUGACGCGGUCCGGUACCGCCAAUCAAGUGCCCCUGGGUCAGGCACUGUAGCAUGGAUCUCUCGCUUCAUCCUAAUCUGAAUGCCAACUUUUGAUCCAUCUUGAAGAUGAAA